AUGAAAUUUCUGUGGUUCGUCACGUUCUUGCUAGCCCUCGUUGGCAUGAUUGCCGGAGAUGCAGCCUGUCCGAAGGGAUUCAAAUCGGAGCACAACAAGUGCGUCACGCAACGCCCGGUCCACGGAGACUGCCCGAAGGGAUCGACCUACAAUGCUAAGCUCAAUUUGUGUGUGCACAACUAG